GUUUUAGCUCCCCCUCUCCGUCCUCCCUCCCUCUCUCCCUCUCCGCGGUCAAACUGAGAGGCUGAGCCCCGAGAGGGAAGGAGGUUUGCUCGAUGUCCGUGGGAGACACAGUGAGCUUCUCGCUGGGGAUGGUCGGCUGGGUGCUGACGGGGAUAUGUCUGGGGCACCACCAGUGGAAGGUGUCCACCCUGGACGGCAGUGUGAUCACCACCUCCACCAUCUACGAGAACCUAUGGAUGAGUUGCGCCAGCGACGCCACCGGCGUCUACAACUGCAGGGAUUUCCUCUCGCUGUUUGGUCUGUCAGAUUACAUCCGUGCCUCCCAGGCCCUGAUGAUCAUCUCCAUCCUGUUGGGCUUCUUUGCGGCCAUCAUCAGUCUAUUCGGGCUGCAGUGUAUCCAGUUCGGGACGACGGACCCUGUGGCGAAAGCAAAGAUAGCCUCCGGGGGGGGGAGCGCUCAUUUGCUCCAACCGCUGUCCGCAAUGGUCCCGGUCUCCUGGUAUGCCUUUAACAUCACACAGCAGUUCUACGAUCCACUCUACCCAGGAAAAAAGUUUGAACUGGGACCAGCACUCUACAUUGGCUGGGCGGGUGCAUCACUGCAGCUGAUCGGAGGGAUCUGUCUCUGCCUUGCUUGUAAAAGAGCCACGGGUGUAACUGGGGAGUACGCAUACAAGUACCGAGCCCCCAGGUCUUCCCUGCGACCAGUGUCUCGGAACUACCCCUCCGAGGUGGACAACUCCAGUAACUACGGGAAGAAUGCGUACGUCUGAGGGGUGGCGAUGCCCCUGGAUCCUUGGUGCCUGGUCUUUGGACUGACUGUCGUGGGGGGAGGACGGGGAAUUCCUCCCCCCGGGCUCACUGUUCACCGUCUCACCUUGGGGAAAGCCUGUCCACCACAUUCCAUGGCGCAGCCUGUUGCACUGCCCCUCAAUGAACGUGACUGAGAUCGAUUUCGUGGAGAGGCCGGUGAUUCCCCCCCUC